AUGGCGAGUAUAACGAGUGGUACCAUUCAAACAGGCAGUAUUUCAUUACCAGUAGGAAGCACAUGGUAUAUUUGCUCCGCCCAACCAACAACUAUGAUAAGUUAUGUUACCACAUACUCAAAUGUUUCAGUCACUCCCACGCCGGGCUUUGGCAAUGUUGCGCUAUUCAGCAAAACAAGCCCCACAAUUUCUGCAACUUCAGUAGGCCUUCUCAGUGCUGCCAUGACUCAGACCGAUCUUAACAAGUAUUUGAGAAACGACGCUAAUUUGUACUUUCCUACCUAUUCCUGCUUUGUCGAUCGUGUACAGGUCUGUGCUAAAGGCAGCAAUUUGGGUCCACUUCCUAUAAGCGCUAUCUAUUGCGUUCUCGUAAUAAAUCCGAAUUCGGUCAUAUCCUUCGCCAAUGUCAUUGUCUCGUUUGACAACCAACCUAGUACACCACCACCAAUAGCAAAUUCGACGUCGGCCGCAGCGCAACCGACACCACCGACACCGACGACAACAACCAGCACAUCAACUUCCGGCACACCAACUCCAACCAAUGCUAUUACCACCGUGGUCACGGUUAAUGGAGGCAUGAAGGUUAAAUGGGACUUUAUGAGCAUCUUUAUCUUUGGGCUUAGUUCGAUCAUUUGGUAUUUGGGGGGGUUGUUUUAG